AUAUAUGUACAAAAUCACUUUUCAUUUCUACAUUUUAAUAGGAGAUCUAACCGAGACAACAAGUCUAUCAAAUCACACAGCGUCCUGAAAACUUUGAUUCCAUAUUACCUAUGACGAAAGCUCUACUAGUCGUCGUCGCCCUCGUGUGCCUCUAUGGCUGCGUGUGGGAUGUAGCAUCGGCAAUGCCACAAGAUUCCUUCAAGUCUGCUUGGCUUGCAGAUCCAACCCUCAAUCAUGUGCCUGAUACAAGAAAUGCUGCUUUGUGCACGGGACAACCGGACGGCUUCUAUUCGAUCCCCGAUACCUGCGCUUCAGACUAUUACGCAUGCAUUGAAGAACUUUACUACCCACAGACGUGUCCAGGCGGUGGUACCUUCGACCCAGUUCUUCUGAAAUGUGUCGCACCAAGCACUGCAUCUUGCCUAACGACCACAACUACAACCACGACCACCACUACCACCAUCAAACCUUUCAGUUGCCCGACUGAUGGUUUCUACCCCGUGGGACCCUGUAGUUCAAGCUAUUACAUCUGCAUUGGAGGAGAUGUAUACCCACAGAUGUGCCCUCCGAAUGGCGUUUUUGAACCAUCCACGUCGACUUGCGUCUCAGUAGACACUGCUCCUUGCAAAGCCACGACUACGACAACCACGACAACAACCACGACGACCACUACAUUGGCACCGUUUACUUGCCCCGCAGAUGGAUUCUUCGAAAUUUCUCCUUGCAUUCAAACGUACUACGUUUGCAGCGGAGGACAGGAAUACCCUCAAACUUGCCCAGGAAACGCAAUUUUUGUCGGUCCACCAACUUCGGCUUGCAAACGUCCGGAAGACACGACCUGUUUUCUAACUACGGAACCCCCUACUGAGCCCCCAACUGAGCCCCCUACUGAGCCCCCUACUGAGCCCCCAACUGAACCCCCAACUGAACCCCCAACUGAACCCCCAACUGAACCCCCAACUGAACCCCCAACUGAACCCCCAACUGAGCCCCCAACUGAGCCCCCAACUGAACCACCAACUGAACCACCAACAACAGCACCGCCUCCGGUUGAUGGAGCCGCUUGCAGCUGCCCUACAGCCGACGCUUGUUUUGUACCUAUCAGCCCCACUGCUUGCGUUGGAGAAUAUUAUACAUGCUACAAUGGGCAACUAAGUGGUCCAAAUUUCUGCCCUGCACCCAAUGUUUUCGAUCCCAAAGUUGGUGGGUGUACAGGACCGUCUUUUGCUUCGUGCAACCAACCCGUUAGGUCAUGGUAUAGAACGGCAAUUCGAAAGAUCAGAUCGGUCUUAUUCUGAACUAACUCGUUUAUCUAGAAAACUCGUUUCGGUCAAAGAUAUUGUAGUGAACUUAUUGGUUAAAGACAUCUUAGAUAGUCCUUAUUAUCGGUACCUAGAUUUAUGAAAAUGUGGAAUAAUUCUUAGUAAUACAGCAACGAGAAAUCA